AUGCCCCGCUACGCUCAGCUCGUGAUGGGCCCUGCAGGGAGCGGGAAGAGUACGUACUGCUCCACUAUGAUACAGCACGCCGAAGCCAUCAACCGCUCUGUGCAGGUGGUGAACCUGGACCCGGCCGCAGAACACUUUAACUACCCGGUAAUGGCAGAUAUCCGAGAGCUCAUCCAGGUGGAUGAUGUGAUGGAGGACGACACGCUGAGGUUUGGUCCGAAUGGAGGACUCGUGUUCUGCAUGGAGUAUUUUGCUAGUAACUUCGACUGGCUGGAGGAGAGCCUUGGCCAUGUUGAGGAUGAUUACAUACUUUUCGACUGCCCAGGUCAGAUUGAACUGUAUACACACCUUCCAGUCAUGAAGCAGCUGGUCGAGCAGCUCCAGCAGUGGGAGUUCCGUGUGUGCGGAGUCUUCUUGGUCGACUCUCAGUUCAUGGUGGAGAGUUUCAAGUUUAUUUCUGGCGUGAUGGCAGCUUUGAGUGCCAUGGUGUCCCUAGAAAUCCCUCAGGUCAACAUCAUGACCAAAAUGGACCUGCUCAACCCGAAGGCCAAGAAAGAAAUCGAGAAGUAUCUGGACCCAGACAUGUAUUCGAUGAUGGAGGACAGCUCUAUCUCACUGAGAAGCCAAAAAUUCAAGAAACUCACCAAAGCUAUCUGUGGUUUGAUUGAUGACUACAGCAUGGUGCGUUUCCUGCCCUUUGACCGCACCGAUGAAGAGGGCAUCAACAUUGUUCUACAGCACAUUGACUUCUCCAUACAGUACGGAGAGGACCUAGAAUUCAAGGAGCCAAAGGAAGUCGAGGAGGAACCUAGCAACACAAAUUACGACGAGUUCUUCCAAGACAGAGUGGAUUCCUAAACUCCCCGGCGACCUUUGUCACCAUAGAAAAAGACCCUGCCCCAAAUAAGAGUUUAGUUUGUCGGUGUGUGGAUGUCUUCAUUACUGGCUGCAUGAGGCUUAUUUUAUUUUAUCUUUCCUGUCUUUCUUUUGCUGUUUAGGCAUAAGACACAACAUGUUUAGAGCUGUACAAUAAAUAUUUUUUCAGUAACA